AUGUCGCCUCUCGCGCAGCCAAGGAGCUACCAGCUUCGCUCGUCGUUUGCACCUCCGCCACUCAGGAGUCCUUUGAAUCGGGACGCAUUUCUAGCCCCUGACCCAGAUUCGGAUUCCUCUGAAAAUAAUGAUAACAAUAAUAGUAGAAUUAUCAAUAAUAGCCAGGGUUCAUGCUAUAGUAGGUUCAAUGCGCAGGUGCGCGCAAUUCAAGGUGAUAAGAAUACGUAUUUGGAGGAACCAGAGGAUUUGGAGAGGUACAAUGAGUGGAAAUUGGGGUUUGUGUUGGACAAGAAGGGGGAGAAGAUUGAGAAUCUGAUUGGAGAGAAUGGGGUAAUUGAUGAGAUUUAUGGGAAGGUUAUCCCAAGUAGAAUUGAUAAGGAGAGCUUUUGGGGAAGGUAUUUUUAUAGGGUGCAUAAGCUGAAGCAAGCGGAGGAUGCAAGAGCUAAACUUGUGAAACAAGCUAUUUCCGAGGAAGAAGAGGAGGAUUUGAGUUGGGAUUUUGAUGACGAAGGUGAAGAGAAUAAUGCGUCGGAUUCAAAGGUUGAAUCAAGCGGCCAUGACAAUCUUGAAGUUGGAUCAAAAAAAAAAAAAAAAGAUGAGACUGGCGGUGACAUUAAGCUGGAAGAGAGAUCGAAUGAGAAGGGUGUUACAGGGGAAGACACAGCGUGGAAUGUGAGAGAGUAA